GGUUCUUUAUAAUAUCGCGGGUUUUUUUAAAUUUUGCGCGGGUAAUUUUUAAACACUUGUCCAUUCAACAUAACGCGCAACGUGACUUACACGCUUUUAUUAUUACAAUUAAAAUAAUACGACAAUAAUAAUAAUAAUAAUAAUAUUAUUAUUAUUUUUAAAAAAAUAAUACUGUGACUGUGUCGAUGUCUCGAUAUUUAAAUAAAUUAUUUUAAAAAUAAUAUAAAACGAGACUGUAAUUUUAUUUGGGUGAGUGAGCUGUCAGGUGUAUUGCUGUGCAUUUAAAGGAUUUAAUUGAUAAAGAAAUAUAACGUGAAAUAUAAGAAUUGAAUUUUAAACGCAGUAUAAAUAAUAAUAAUAACAAUAAUAAUAAUCACUUGGUGAUAAUUGACAAUUGAAAUAACAUAAGUGUGUUAAUAUAAAUGUAUAUAUUUAUAUAUAUAAAUUAAAUUAAACGCAAGUGACAGUGACAUUGCAAAGAUUGUUUUAGUUACGCAUUGUACAAACACUGUUUUGAAUUUACAGUACGAUAAUAAUAAUUAUUUUAAUUAUUAUUUAUUUUAAAAAAAAAAUAUAUAUAUAUAUAUAUAUAAAUCGAAGGAAUGGAAUAUGUGUUUGUAAUUUAUUUGAAAGAUAUAUCGUCAAGUUACCAGAGGGUUCGGGGUUGAUUGAUAAGCGAAGGUGGAGGUUUGUUGUAAUAAAUUAGCAAAAACGGAGCCGGUCAAAACGGAGCGGGGAUUUUCAUUUUGGAGCGAUGACGUGACUAGUGAAACGUGCAGAAAUUUGUUUAUGUUUGGGACGUAUUCGCACAAUAAUAAUAACAAUAGUGCUAGUAAUAAUAAUAUUAAUGUUAAUGUUGGUAAUAAUGAUAAUGAUAAUGAUAUAAGUAAUAGUAAUUAUAAUAGUAGGAGUAAUAAUAAUAAGAAUAAUAAUAAUAAUAAUAACGACUGUGGUAAUAAUAAUUUAGAUAUUAAUUUAUCUGAUGCUCGAGGAUCGAACGACGUUAAUACAAGAGAUCCACACAUCGAGGAAACGAAAAAAUUACUAGGCAUUCAUACAGACCACGAGUCAUCGGGAUGCUCGGCUGACAUGGCAGAGGGUUCUGCUGAAGAGGAACAAAGCAGUACCGCAGCCCCGGCAUCGCCGCCCGCGGAUCUACGUACAAUAAAUACCCACUUAUCGCCAUCGUACCGACGUCUUCAGCCGCCUCAGUCCCAGUCCCAGGCACCUCAGUCUCAGCACCAGCAGACCCACCAUCGUCCUUACGCAAACAUGUUGGCCACUGCGGUACCCAUGAGACAUAACUACAGCAUGCUGUCACACGUUAAGACCGAGGCCGCGGACAUCGAUCCUCCCUGCGACGUUCCAUUGAAUCUCAAGAGUGAGGAAAGUGAUCGAAGCAGUACCGGAAGUCCAGAACCAGCAUCGGGUGUCCUCCAUGAGCACCAUAUGCUCAUGGAGGGACUCAAAAACUCACGAAAAAGACGACGAAGUACGUCGCCGGAAAACAUGACCCAUUCCAAAUUUCCCCGAUCAGAUUCACACUUAAAUGGUACCAUGGCAGGAAUGGUAACCCUGCAAAAUUUACAAAAUUUAGCAAACAUGCAGCAAAACUUACCGCAAGUGGCAUCUCUGGCAGCUGGACUACAAGCCGGAAUGUCCAGCGGGUUAUCAAAUAAUCAAAUGAUCAAUACUCCUUUAAAUUUAACAGUCAGUGCAUCAGGAGGAACUGCACCAACGCCCUCUAGCACGACGUCAUCGCCGCAUCUUCUACCGUCAAGCUCAGCCCCGAUGGCAACGCUACCCCAAUUACUGUCCCAACAUCAGCCAGUGUCAAUGCCUCAAUUUAUUUUAACCUCAGGUCAACUGGUCCAAGGGAUCCAGGGCGCCCAACUAUUCAUUCCGACCUCCCAAGGACUCGUUACGCAAACGAUACUCACUAUUCCAGUAAACCAUGUGACGAAUAAUCAAAUGGUCAACCUGGCGCUCAGUAAUGGCCAAGUUGUUUCGACAACUCUUGCAAAUCUUCAGUCGAUCGCACAACCUCAGAACCUUAUGAACACAUCAACGAGUAAUGUGCCAACGAGUCAAAGUCUUGCAUCGGGAUUGGGUUUGAACCCAGCGUCAUUGCCUCACUUACUAGGCAAUAAUUCAGCAAGUCAACAGUUACUCAAUGCCAUGCAACCGCAACAGCUUCUGCAAGCUGCGCAAGCGGCACAAGCUCAAGCUGCCCAGGCUGCCCAAGCUGCUCAGGCAUCACAACAACCUCUGCUUGCUACGUCACCGCAACACCAGCACAGCCAUCGGCAUACCUCACACCUCAACCACUACCAGCAAACCUCUGAUAAACAUCAUCGAGAAAGACCAGAACAGUCCUCGCCUUUAAACAAUUCAGCGGUUUCAGCCGCGUCGGCUCUCAACAGACUGGCGGCAACAAAUGGGGAAAUAACAAUAACGACAACUCAUGGUCCAGGUAAUGCUGGGAUGAAGUUGUCACCUGGUAGCAGGCUCAGUCCUAAGGAAGACGAUGACGAUUUACUCAGUGAUUCUCCGAAUCAACCGACAAUCAAUGAAGCUACGAAUAACGUCGUGGAUGGAAUCAACUUAGAUGAGAUUAAGGAGUUUGCCAAGGCAUUUAAACUUCGACGAUUGUCUCUGGGAUUGACGCAAACUCAAGUUGGACAGGCACUCAGUAUCACUGAAGGGCCCGCGUACAGUCAGAGCGCAAUAUGCAGUGCCCUGGCUACCCAGAUGUACGCUGCCUCGCAGAUUGCCUCUCAGCAGCAAGCUAUGUUUGAAAAAUUGGAUAUUACGCCCAAGAGCGCGCAGAAAAUAAAACCGGUACUUGCGAGGUGGAUGAAAGAAGCCGAAGAGAGUGUUUAUGAUUAUAGGUAUAAAAGCGGUGCCAAUAAUCUUACGGAAUUUAUUGGAGUCGAGCCAAGCAAAAAACGAAAACGGCGGACAUCGUUUACUCCACAGGCUUUGGAACUUCUCAAUGCACAUUUUGAUAAAAAUACACAUCCGACUGGUAAUGAAAUAACAACACUGGCACAACAAUUGGGGUACGAAAGAGAAGUGAUAAGAAUUUGGUUCUGCAACAAACGGCAAGCAUUGAAAAAUACCGUGCGGAUGAUGUCUAAAUAAAUAUUCAAAGACUGGAAUUAAUUUUAAUAAUAAUAAUAAAUAAAGACAAUUAAUAAAAAAUAAAAAUGGUGAAUGUUGUAACGCUACGUGAUAACGACAUGGAUAAAAUGCGCGGAUGACAAUGGACAUUUAAUUGAAUUAAAAAUAAUAACAAUAAAUAAAUGAAUUAAUUAAUAAAUUAAUUAAGAUGGAAUCAUCCCGCCGAGGCUGUGGCAUGUCAGCAAUCUUACGAUUACGAACUAUGACUUCUUUGCGUCUAAGUAUUUGCCUAUGCUAAACAAAUAUAAUAAUAAUAUUAAUUUUAAUAAUUAUAAUAAUAAAAAUAAUAAUAACGAUAAUGAUUAAUAACCAUCACAAAAAAAGUAUAAUUGUAUUACUUUUGACGGCAAUUGUGAUUAUAAAACGUAUACGCGUGUAUUAUGUGUAAAUAGUUUUAUGACUUACGACUUAUGAUUCGUAUGAGUAGAUUUAGAAGUAUGUUUUAAUUAUAAUUAUUAUAAUAAUUACUAUUAAAUUAAUAAUAAUAAUGAUAAUGAUGAUGAAGAUAAAAAUGACAAGUAUUUAUUAUCAACUUGUUGCUUCUAAGGUGAUACCAAAUGACGGCUUGGAAAAAAUACUAAGAUAUGAUCAUAUAUUGUAGAUUUGAUCAUUUAAGACUUUAAGUAACAUCAGAUAUAAUCACAUACGAUCACAUAUAAUCAUAAAUAUUCACAUAUGAUUAUAAAUGUUCAUGUAUGAUCACAUACGUCCACAUAUAAUCAUAUAUGAUCACAUAUAUUCAUAUAUGAUCAUACACGUUCACAUAUGAACAUAUGAUCCUACACAUUCAUAUAUGAUCACAUAUAAUCAUAUAUGACCACACAUGAUUAUAUACGUUCACAUAAGAUCACAUACGUUCACAUGUGAUCGCAGAUGACUAUAGAUGUUGACAUAUGAUGUUUAUAUAUGAUCAUACAUAUUCAUACAUGAUCACAUAUGGUCAUAUAUGAUCAUACAUAUUCAUAUAUGAUCACAUAUGUUUAUAUAUGAUCAUACAUGUUCAUAUAUGAUCAUACAUAUUCAUACAUGAUCACAUAUGGUCAUAUAUGAUCAUACAUGUCCAGAUAUGUUCACAUAUGAUCAUAGAUAUUCAUAUAUAAUCACAUAAGAUCCCAUAUGUUCAUGUAUGAUCACAUAUGACCAUAUAUGACCACAUAUGAUCAUAUAUGACCAUAUAUGAUUGUACAUAUUCAUAUAUGAUCACAUAUAUUGAUAGAUGGUCGUAUCUGUUUAUAUAUGAUCUAAAUUUACUAAUGAUGCAUAAAUUCAUAUAUGACGAUAUCGAAAUAUUUUUUCCUGGGGAAUUGUGUCAAAAUUAUUUUUAUUUAUUUGUAUAUUUGAAAAUGAACUUUAGUUUAAAAUGCACGUGAGCAAAAAAAAUCGAAUUAUAAGUUUUUUAUAAUUUCUUUAAAAUUAAAAACAAUUCAGGGUAUUAGAUUUUAUUGUGAAAAAUUAAUUUAGAUUAUUUUUGGGCGGAUGCUCAGUGCUGUAAGAUGGAUAAAAGAUAAAACGCAAUGCGUCGAUUUGGGUAUCAAUUUUACGACGUCCAGGCUCAAAGACUCUCUAGAAUUAUUACGCCAACAUAUGAGUUAAUAAUAUGAAAAUAAAGUAUAUUAAUAAUAAUAAUAAAAUAAUAAAUAAAAAAUAUUUAAGUAUUGAUUAAAAAAUAUAAAUAGUAAGGUAUAAAAGCGCAAUAACUUCUGUGAAAGUAUAUUAUAUUACUAUAUUAAAAUUUCCUUUUCACGCACUAUUAAUCAUCUACUAAAUCUCUAUUCAACAUAAAAAAUAAAGAAAAUUAAAUAAAACUAACAAGGACGAUGAUAUGUGAACAAAAUAAAUAAAUAAAAUUUAAAUAAAUUUACGAAGCUAGUCCAAAACAACAAUCUGCCAUACGAUUUAACAUUUCUUUACCUCCUUAAUCAUUUUAUUGUUACUAAAUAAUAAUAAUAAUAAUAAUAAUACUAAUAAUAAUAAUAAUAAUAAUAAUAAUUAUA